AUGCUGCUCUGCGUGUUCCUCCUUGUGAUCCUAACCCUCAGCAGUGGUUCCCACUUCUCUCCACCCACCCUGCCCCUCAGGGCAAGGAGGUAUGCAGAAGCCAUCUUCAGCAACAGCUACCGGAGAGUGCUGGCCCAGCUGUCUGCCCGCCAGCUCCUCCUGGACAUCAUGAACGGGCAGCAGGGAGCAAGAAACCAGGAGCAAGAAGCCAAAGUUCGGCUGGGCCGUCAGGUGGAGACCAUGUGGACAGAUCAAAAGCAGAUGGCUCUGGAGAGCAUCCUAGUGGCACUGCUGCAAAAGCACAGCAGGAAUUCCCAAGGAUGA